UUGCUUGUAUUCAUCUCAGCCAUACUAAUAUUCACAGCACCGGGAGUGUGCUAUACUCGCUAUAUCAAUGAUUUUCGAGCAAGCGAUGAAAUUUGUCCUAAUCAGAAUUUUCUACCAAUGGGUGUUAACAGAUGGAGUAACGGAGUACAUUUUCAGAAUCGUGGACAAAAUGUUUGGGGUCAGUUAGCCAUCGUUAUCACGUCAAUCUUAUUUGCAUUACCACUACUUGGACUUAGUUGCUUGCAAAUCGCCACUGGUAUUUCUCUGUUUUAUUUGCAAAUAUGUCUAUCGAUAGUCUCAAUAUUGAUAUUUCUGACGUUAGGUGGAUUAGAGACUUGGUAUGCCACAGGAUUCGGGCAUAUGGGCCCUCUGAUAACUCAGAUCGGAGGAGGACAAUUCAGCGGUUGUUUGGGUUUACCUAACUGUCAUGUACUGUUCAUUGUGAAAGGAUGGGCUGCCGCCGCUGCUUUGUUAUUUUUAUGUGCUGUACUAUUUCUAACAGACGUUGGAAUGCAAUUUCUUCGCAAAGAAAAGUAUUCUCAAACGUAUACCACUCCAUUAUCACCGCAUGCUUCCUGUACGCCAUCGGAAUCAAAUCACUUCAACAAUUAUCGUACAAGAAUACAUGUUGGAACGCGCUAUUAA